AUGAGUAAUUGGAACCAUAGGGGGUGUUCCAAUUCUGAUUUUGCUAUUGAGGGUGGCAAUUGGAACCAAAAGCCAUGUUCCAAUUCGGAUUUUGAUAUUGAGAGUGGCAAUUGGAACCGAAGGGGGCUUUUAAGAGUGGCAAUUGAAACCAUAGGGGUGUUUGUUGCCGUUUAUUUGUUCUAUUGCAAGAGAAGGGUGUCAAAGUAUAAUGAGAGUAAAGACAUUGAGAGUUCAGAACACAAGGAGGAUGAGGAAAUGGCUCAGAAGGAGAAUUUGAUGAUCUUUCAGGGUGGAGAGGACCUUACAAUAUGUCACAUUUUGGAUGCUCCUAGUGAAGUGAUUGGAAAAUCCAACUAUGGAACACUGUACAAGGCUUUGUUGCAGAGGAGCAACAAGGUGAGCUUGCUCAGGUUUCUGAAGCUAAUGUGCACUGCAAGGGGUGAAGAAUUGGAUAAGAUGAUUCACUUUCUUGGAAGGAUAAGGAACCCUAACUUGGUUCCUCUUCUGGGGUUCUACACUGGGCCAAGGGGUGAGAAGCUUCUUCUUCAUCCCUUCUAUAGGCAUGAGAGUCUCACUCAAUUUAUAAGAGGCUUAUGGCAAAUCAUUCACUGCUUAAACUGCAAACUAGAUUACAACUCAGAUAGAAGCUUUUUGUUGAAUCCAACUACUGGCCAAGAAAUGCUUGAAAGUUCAGCAGCUCAGGGUUACAAGGCACUUGAGCUCAUCAAAAUAGAAUAG